UAUUUUCUGAUUUUUUUUUUCAUUUUAGAUGUUUUAACUUUUGAUCUGCUGUUCAAGAUAUUUCAAAGUUCUGAAUACUCAUUCUAGAACCUAGUGAAUGAAUGGCGACUGUGGAUGAUUUAAAAUUUCAAGAAUUUGAUGAUGCAGCUAAUUUGCUGGCAGGAAAACCAGAUGCCACUACAAUAAGUAUUGAUGAGGCUAGUGAAAAUGCCAAGAAUCAGUAUGGCCUUCUGCAAGACUCUGGGAGAGAGGAGGAUGAUGAGUUAUUGGGAACAGACUCAGACAAAACUGAGUUACUUGCAGGACAGAAGAAAAGUGCCCCCUUCUGGACAUUUGAAUACUACCAGACUUUCUUUGAUGUGGAUACAUACCAGGUCCUAGACAGAAUAAAAGGCUCAGUUUUCCCAAUACCAGGGAGAAACUUUGUAAGACUAUAUAUCCGCAGUAAUCCAGAUCUUUAUGGUCCCUUUUGGAUAUGUGCCACAUUAGUCUUUGCCAUUGCUAUUAGUGGUAAUCUUUCGAAUUUCUUCAUCCAUCUGGGUAAAUCUUCAUACCAGUAUGUGCCUGAGUUCAGAAAAGUGUCCAUAGCUGCAACAGCCAUCUACGCUUAUGCUUGGCUGGUUCCUCUGGCUCUCUGGGGAUUCCUUAUGUGGAGAAAUAGCAAAGUUAUGAACAUAGUCUCCUACUCGUUUCUUGAGAUAGUGUGCGUCUAUGGCUACUCACUCUUCAUUUAUAUUCCAACAGCAAUUUUGUGGAUUAUUCCACAAAAAAUUGUACGCUGGAUCUUGCUAAUGUUCGCUCUCUGCCUUUCGGGCUCUGUUUUAGUAAUGACAUUUUGGCCUGCUGUUAGAGAUGAUAACCGUAGGAUUGCACUGGCUACUGUGGUGACCGUUGUGUUUCUUCACGCCCUGCUUGCUAUUGGUUGUUUGGCAUACUUUUUUGAUGCUCCUGACCUUGAUGUUCUUACACCUACUGUAGCUGCUCAAAAUGGAACAAUAACAACAAAGACUCAGUAAAUAAGGUAAUAAUGCUGCCCACAUCUUGUUUACAAUGUCACCUGAAAGUGAGAACAUGUGUUUGCAUGGCACAAGAUAUUUAUAUACCAGAUGUGCUAAAGAUUUUCAUGUCCCUUCAUGUCUCAGCCACCUUUCCAGAGGACAUGCGUACAUGCUGAUGAUGACUUCGGCUGGAUAACUGUCUAAAGUAGUGUGGACCAACAUAUGUUCACUUUCAUCAUCUGAAUCAUAUGCCACCAGCAGAAGGUUGACUUUUCUUUUUUGGUGGUUUGGGUUCUGUUUCCACAUCAGUGUGUUGCUCUUUUAAGACUUACGAAAGCAUUCUCCAGGCCUCCUCCCUUUUAGAUUUUGGAAGGCACUUCAGAUUCUUAAACUUUGGCAUCUUCCUUGUGUUUAGUCAAAUUGGCAGUGAAAGUAUUUUUAAACCAAACGUGCUGGGUCAUCAUCCAAGACAGCUGUAACAUGAAAUAUAUGGCAGAAUGCAGGUAAAACAGAGCCAGAGACAUACUAUUGUUCCCCAAGGAGUUCAGUCAAAUGUAAUUAAAAAAAAAAAAAUUAAACAAGCAUCAGCGUGGAAGCAUGUCAUCUCGAAUGGUGGCUGAAGCAUGAAAGGGAAUACAAAUGUUUAGCAUAUCUGACACGUAUAUAGCUUGCAAUGCUGGCUACAAAAAUUCAUGUUAAAGUUUUGUUUUCGCUUUCAAGUGAUGUUGUAAAUAAGAAGCCAGCAGCAUUAUCUCCCGUAAACAUAAACAAACUUGUUUGUCUUAGCAAUUGGCUGAACAAGAAGUAGGACUGAGUGGACUUGUAGGCUCUAUAAUUUUGCAUUGUUUUUGAGGGUAGUUAUGUAUCAAAAAUUCGACAUAUGUAACUUGCACUUUUACAAUAAAGAGAUUGAGUUAUGGUA